AGCGAUAGACCAGAUAACUUUGUAGCACUCCUUCCACACCGAGCCUUUUCAUUUUUUUUUUUUCUCCGUUGAUACUACUACCAUGGCUAGCAUGGCUUCUUCGAUGUACUGCUUUGUUGCAGGAGGAAAUGUCCAUUACAUUCCUGUGGAUUCGUUUCUGGACGACAUGGAGGAGGAAACAAAAACUUCACAAUCACUUGACACGGCGUCGGCUAAAGGGGUCAACACCCCAACGAUGAACGGCACCAAAAAUGGCCUGAAAUUCUCCGAAUCCAAUCUCUUGGGCGUCCCGGGGCUCUUGCAAAGAAACAAGAACUUGUUGUACAGCUUGAACGACCCUUCAUUGAGUGAUUUGGAUUCGGGAGCAGAUACAGAAAAUGGAAAGAUUAGUGACGACGAAACGCACAGCGAUACAAAUAAUAAUAAUAAUAAUAAUGAUAACGAUACCAGUAACAAUCACGAGACCAGCAGUGCCAGCAGCGUUACCCAAGACAACACGUCCUUCCUACUCCCACAACGUUCGUUAUAUCUCCCACAGUACACUGUCGACCUCCCUUCUAAUUUAAACAAUGGAUUUGUUCAAGUUAAGCAGCUUGUAUCUAAAGUGUUCCCCUCUAUCAGCAACGUUGAGGAUGUCAGUGUCAAGCAACUAACCGGUGGGAUUACAAACAUGCUUCUUUCGUGUGAACACAAGUCGUCGGGACUCACCGUGUUGAUGAGAGUGUACGGACAAGGAACCAAUCUCAUUAUUGAUCGUCAUAGAGAAUUUGUUUCUCAUUUGAUGUUGAAUUCACUUCUGUUAGCUCCUCCAAUUUAUGCUCGUUUCCACAACGGGUUGGUGUAUGGGUUUUUACCGGGUCGUUCUUUAGAACGGUUGGAAAUGCAAGAUGAACGGUUAUAUCCUUUGAUUGCUCUGCAAUUGGGUGUAUGGCACGGUAGAGUUAAGAGCGAAGAAAUUGAAUCCGGUGUUGAGAGAUUGCGUAGGGUGACUAUAAAGAGGAAGAGAUUGUCGUUGGCAUCAUCAGGCACCAAUUCCGGGCCCAGCAGCCCUGUUAUCGGAGUUGUUACAGGAGGGUUGGGAAGUCCAGGUCUGGAAGAAGUCCCACCAGUUACCAUUGCAUCUUCAUCCAUGCCAUCCGCCACCCCUACCAACAAUACUAAUGGAACACAUAACAAGUCUAAACGGAAGAAGAAGUAUAUUGCUAACGUCUGGGAACUUAUAGAAGACUGGAUGAAUAUCGUCCCAAUCAUACCGCAGCUCAUCGAGUCAUUCCAAGAAAACCUCCCCACCGAGGCUGGUCCCAUCACCAAGGAGAAUAUCCGUGAAGUUCUUCAACGUGAAUUCCGAUGGUUGAGAAAUGAAUUAACCUUGAAUUCUAAAUCUCCUACAGUUUCAUGUCAUUGCGAUUUGUUGAGUGGGAAUAUUAUCAUCCCUGAGGGAUAUUUGGAGAAUAGUUCAGGAACCUCUCCGGCCAUAAAUCCAAUUCAAUUCAUAGACUACGAGUAUAUGCUCCCAGCCCCAAGAGCCUUUGACAUCGCCAAUCAUUUUGCGGAAUGGCAAGGGUUUGAAUGUGAUAGAUCUGCUAUUCCAGACCCAACGCCGUCCAACCCUGUUAUGGUCAAAUGGGUGCAAGGAUAUCUUAAUGACCCUCAUGCGUCUGAAUACCAAGUUAAUGAAGUCAUAGAAGAAAUCGCCAUGUUCUACGGUAUGCCCGGUUUCUAUUGGGGUGUUUGGGCUGUCAUUCAAAGUGAGAUAUCUAAUAUCGACUUUGAUUACGCCGACUACAGUAAACUUAGAUUCCAAGAAUAUUGGGAUUGGAAAGUGGAUUAUUUGAAACUGCAUAAAUAGAAAGUUUUAUAGACAAAUAAAGAACAAAAUUGCCAUGCAACAUUUGUGCUAAACCCAUGGUUUUGUUACAAGUUCUAGUAUUAUUAGUUAUUAUUUAUUAUUUAAUUUGGCAUAUACGUAGAA